AUGUCGGACCAAGAAAAUCCGCUGGCCUAUGGCCGGUACUAUGAGAAUUCCGGUCGUGGGGGAAAUGGGGAGAGCACCAGGGGGUUUAUUGAUGACACCUUCAAGAUGUUGAAGGAGACCUACAAAACCCAUCACUCUCAGUCCCAACAGCAGCAGCAGCAGCAGCAGCAGCAGUCAGGCCAGGCCUCCCAGCAGUACUCCUACGGUUCUGGAAAUUAUGGGAAUGAGCCUCCUCAGCCUUUCCAGCAACAUCAAGGUCAGCCCAACCAAUACUCGCAGAACUAUUCCUAUGGGUCUCAGGGCCAGCAGUCUGCUCCCGGCUACCAGCAGCCUCAGCCUCAGUAUCAAGAGAAGCCUCAGAAGCAAGACAAACUCUCCGGCCUUUUCGACAAAAUCCAAGGCGCUGUUACCGAUCUAGGCACAGAUGUCGCUCAGCGACUGGGCACAGCUAUUGAUCCAAAGGCGUAUGCGGAAUAUGGUACAGAGAAGCCCAAUGCACAGCAGAACAACAGAUUCGGUAGCUUCGCUCCUACGCGCGAAGGCAACGAUGUCAAGUGGUAUGUUGAUGGUUGCAACUAUUUCUGGGCCGUCUCCCGAGCGAUCGAAAACGCUCGGGAGUCGAUCUGGAUCCUGGACUGGUGGCUUUCUCCAGAACUAUAUCUGAGACGCCCUCCUGCCAAGAAUGAACAGUAUCGUUUGGACCGCAUGCUCCAAGCUGCCGCCCAGCGUGGGGUUCGCAUCAACGUCAUCGUGUACAAGGAGGUUACUCAGGCGUUGACCUUGUCCUCGGCACACACAAAACACGUGUUGGAAGGCCUUCAUCCAAAUAUCUCUGUUUUCCGUCAUCCCGAUCACAUCCCUGACGGGAAAGAAAUAGAGGCCAGUAUCGCUUCUUCGUUCCAAAACCUUUUACUUGACACGACCUCUCUCGCAAAACUGCCCGGAGAUGCCCUCAAGAGUCUAUACGGCAUGAAAGACGACGCUAUUCUGUACUGGGCCCAUCAUGAAAAGCUUUGCUUGAUUGAUGGCGCAGUUGCAUUCAUGGGAGGUCUGGACUUGUGCUUCGGCCGCUGGGAUACUCACCAGCACUCUAUUGCCGACGUCCACCCGACAGACCUCAACGAAAUCGUCUUUCCAGGCCAGGACUACAACAAUGCCCGUGUCCUUGAUUUCCAUGAUGUCUCUCACUGGGAAAACAAUCAAUUGGACCGGAAGGCCACGUCGCGUAUGGGCUGGUCUGACAUCUCCGUGAGUUUGCAUGGUCCAGUUGUUGAGGAUCUGCGUCGCCACUUUGUGCAGCGUUGGAACUUCAUCUACGAGACGAAGUAUAAAGCUCGCAAUCAGCAGAGGUAUACCAAUUUGGUGCUUUACGGGCGUCCUACCUCCUCUACUGGCCAGCAACAAUAUCAGCAAAGGCCUCCUCAGCAGCAAGCAGCACCUGGUCAGCAGCAGCAGCAGCAGCAGCCUCCUCAACAGCCUCCAGCACCCGGCUAUCAAGCAAACACUCCAUCCACAUAUUCUGGGGCCCAAGGAGCAGCAGCCUAUCAACCAUCAAACCCCAGCUCGCCGCAUCCGCCCCAGUCUCAAGGUCAAGGACCUUCGGGAUACCAGCAACCGUACGCUGGCGCGACACCUCCGCCCCAGUCCCAGGGAACACCGGGCUACCAGCAAUCCUACACCGGCAGUCCGAACCCCACCCAGCCCCAAGGCCAAGGAGCAUCGGCUUACCAGCAACCAUACUCUGGUUCCCCGCACCCGCCGCCAUCCCAGAGCCAAGGUCCAUCGGCUUACACUAGUACUCCGCCACCUCAGUCCCAAGGCCAAGGAGCAUCGGCUUACCAGCAACCAUCCCCGCACCCGCCACCGUCCCAGGGCCAAGGAACAUCGGGCUACCAGCAACCGUACACCGGCUCGCCGAACCCAACCCAGACCCAGGGCACUCAGGGGGCGGCAGGCUAUCAACAACCAUACGCCGGAUCUCCGAACCCGUCCCAAGCUCAAGGCACUCAAGGCGCGCAGGGAGCAUCAGGCUAUCACCAGCCAUACUCGGGCUCGCCGGAUCUAUCUCAGCCUCACGCUAGCCAAACAUACACUUAUACUGGCGAUUCUUUCCCACCACCUCCUCCUGGACACCCGAGCCAGCCCUCCGCCGCGCCGUAUCAGCAAACCCCGACGCCUCCAGCCCAGGCUCCCUACUUCCCACCUCCGCCCACGCAAGAUCAACAGCACAGCCAGACCCGCGGCAUUGAUGAAUACUACCACGCCGGAGGAUACGGUGAAGGCGAUCAUGAGCGAGGCUCUGGAUCGGGCUCAGGGUCCAGUACCCGUCGGUUCCGCGAGGAGUUUACCGAAUACAGCAGUGUCAUUCGCAGUCAGCUGGCGGGCCAGAUGCACCACUACCAGGACCGCUUGAACACGUAUGGCCGUCCUCAACAGCAAGUGCGUGGAGGCAUGACUUGUCAAAUUGUGCGAAGCUGCUCGAAUUGGAGCCACGGUAUUCCCACAGAACACUCCAUUGCCGAUGCCUACGCCGCCGUCAUCCGCAACAGCCAGCAUUUCGUUUAUAUCGAAAACCAGUUCUUCAUCACCGCGACGGGCGAUUCUCAGAAGCCUGUUCACAACCAGAUUGGUGCUGCGAUUGUCGAGCGGAUCCUGCGCGCGGCUCGGGCAGGCGAGAAGUACAAGAUUAUUGUUGUCAUCCCGUCUGUUCCUGGUUUCGCGGGCGACCUGCGAGACGACUCGGCCCUCGGCACACGUGCGAUCAUGGAAUUCCAAUACAACUCGAUCAACCGUGGAGGACACAGUAUCAUGGAGUUGAUCGCCAAGGAAGGCUUCAAUCCUAUGGACUACAUCCGCUUCUACAACCUUCGUAACUAUGACCGUCUCAACGUCAGCGAUACGAUUCACCAAGUCGAACAGCGGAGCGGUGUCAACUACGAAGAGGCGCGCAGAGAGCACGAUGUCACUACCGGCGGACAAGGUGGCUAUGGACCUGGUGCUCCCCGGGCUGCGUUCGACACCACGGCGCCCUACCAGCAGUAUCAACAAGCCGCGCAGCAAGUCUAUGGUUCGAAGCCGGUGACUUCCGGGCGGUGGGACAGCGUUAGCGAGUGCUACAUGUUGAAUGGCGAGGAUAUCCGUAACGUGCCUUGGGACGGAUCACCCGAGGCUGAGAUUCACGCUUUCGUUAGCGAAGAGCUAUACAUCCAUUCUAAGGUCAUGAUUGCCGAUGACAGGGUAGUGAUCUGCGGCUCUGCCAACCUGAACGACCGAUCUCAGCUGGGAGACCAUGACUCCGAGAUUGCGAUUGUGAUUGAGGAUUUCACACCUGUACACAGCACUAUGAAUGGCAAGCCCUUUACGGUGGGUCGAUUCGCGACCUCACUCAGACGGGAGCUGUUCCGCAAGCACCUGGGCCUGCUCCCUGCACAGAACUACCAGCAGCCGACUGCCAGCUCCGAGCCCGUCGGUAUCCCCAGCCACUUGGACCUCGAGUCCCCGGAAAGCCAGAUCGUGGCGGAUCCCCUGGCGGACACGUUCCAGAGCCUGUGGAACACCCGGGCGCGCACCAACACCCAAGUGUUCAACAAGGUGUUCCAUGCCGUACCCGACGACUCUGUGCGCAACUGGGCAACAUACAAGGAGUUCUACGAGUAUUUCUUCCGCGCGGCCGACAAGGACGCUGCCGAUGGCUCCAAGGAGCGUCACCCGGCGCGCUACCAGUGGGGCCAUGUGGUUCGCGAGGAGUUUGCUCCUGGACCCGAGGGCGUCCAGCAGGUCAAAGAACAGCUCAGCCAGGUCAAGGGCACCUUGGUCGAGAUGCCUUUGAUGUUUUUGAUCGAGGAGGACAUUGCCAAGGAGGGCCUGUCGCUCAAUGACUUGACUGAGCCGAUUUACACCUAG